ACAGUAACUAAGGAGGGCGGGGCUUAGCGCAGGCUCAGUUCAUCAGCUUCCAGUGACCGCGAGACUUGGUGAACUCGCGAGAACUCGAACAGGAAAUAAACAGGGACCAGCCGUCAGAGGGAGAACCAGGACCAGUACACGAUCAGGAUGAAGGAGGAAAACCAGGACCCGGAUUUUAUCGAUCAGGACCACUGCAGGACCGGGAUGAAGGAGGAAAACCAGGACCCGGAUUUCAGCGAUCGGGACCACUACAACAUCGUCAUGAAGGAGGAAAACCAGGACGCGGAUUUUAUCGAUCAGGAUCACUUUAACAUCGUGAUCAAGGAAGAGGAUCAGGACCCGGAUUUCAUGGACCAGGACCAGGACCAUCAGAGCAUGGAGUCCGCCGGUCCCACCGGUCUACAGAGAGCUCAGAGUAAGGAGAGGAAGCACAGCUGUGAGCAGUGUGGACACAGCUUCACCACGUCCAGCCAUUUAAAAACCCACCAGCGUGUUCACAGCGGAGAGAGACCGUAUGGCUGCGCUCAGUGUGGAAAAGCCUUCACGGACUCGUUCAGACUGAAAACCCACCAACGCAUCCACACCGGAGAGAGGCCGUACGGCUGCGCGCGGUGCGGAGCGGCCUUCAGCAGGUCCUGUUACCUUCAGAUCCACCAGCGCAUCCACACCGGAGAGAAACCCUACGGCUGCCAGGACUGCGGGAAAGCCUUCGCCACGUCCAGCAAGUUAACGGUCCACAGACGCUGUCACACCGGGGAGAAACCGUACGGCUGCGACCAGUGUGGGAAGGCCUUUCGCCAUUCCAGCAGUUUAAAAAGUCAUCUGCGCGUUCACAGCGGAGAGAAACCGUACAUCUGUGAGUGUGGGAAAGCUUUCAGCAGGUCCAGUAUCCUGAAGACGCACCAACGUGGCCACAGGCAGUGAAACACACUGAAGCAGGUCACUGAGCUGUCACACACAGUCGAGCUGGAACUAUUCAUCCGUUCAUCAAAGGACAGAAAUGAAUCAAUGAUCUGAAAGUGUCGUUAAUGUAUCAGUGUAAAUAAUGGACCUUGUACUUUAUUAAAGAUAAAUGUUGUGAUCGUGUUUCUGAGCUGAGCAUCGUUAAGCUACAUGAGGUGUUUCAGGUGAGACAGAGACGGGAGAGAUUUGCAGGA